AUGUUAAGCAACCUCUGGGGCGGACCUGCCCCGCAGCAGCGAGGGGAGCAGCUGCUGCCCCAGACACGCGCCGGGGCCGAGGACCCCGGCGAGCACAAGGACGGCGACGAGAAGCCCCUGGACCCGGGAAAGCAGAGGGACAAGAUCAAGUGCCUCGACGGGCUCCGGGGCGUCGCGUGCUUCCUCGUCUUCAACUACCACUUCCUGUGGCCAUGGACGCCGCUGAUCAUGCUGGGGUACGGGGCAAGGCCGCCGUUCUCACCCGAGCCGUUCACCGAGUGGGCAUCGCUGCCCAUCGUGUGCCUCCUGCACAGGGGGCGACCCAUGGUGGCUAUUUUCUUCGCCAUAUCUGGCUACGUGCUCUGCAGGCACAUGUUGAGGUCGAUGUACCAGGGGCGGCUUGACGACACGCGCAAGAGGCUCGGGUCCGCGGUGUUCCGGCGCAUAUUUCGCCUGUACAUCCCGCCGUCCAUCAGCAUGUUCAUCGUGGCCUUACUGGUGCAGAUGGGCGCGUUCAAGUCCGAGGAUGCUAUCUACAAGGGCAGCGACUCGAUCUGGAUCAACGGGACCGUGACACAGGGUUUCUUCAACGAGACGUGCAUGACCAACGACACUAUUGCGGUAAUGGGCACCGAGGGAGUAGCUGGUGCGUUGGGCUUGCAGACCCCAUCUUACCUCAACAGCUCGAUCCAUUGGAACGACACGCUGUGCCUCAACUCCACGUCGACACUAUACGGCGCGGCCGCCAUCUACGCCCCGGAGAACCAGAUCCAGGUGAAAAAGCCAAAGAGGAUGCUGAACGGCACGCUGGGGCUCAACGAGACGCUGCAUUUCAACGAGACCGAGGGCUUCAACGAGACCCAGGAGAGCAGCACCUGGAAGGACAAGGGCACGCUGCGCGGGCUGUACAGCUACCUGGGGUACCACGCGGACGGCUCCCAGUUCGAGGUGCCUUACCUCAACUCGAGCUUCGACUUCGACUUCGGCCUGAACGCCACCAACACCACGCAGAACUUCACGUGGAUGCAGCUGGGUGGCAUGUGGGAGGAGCACCCGGUCAUCCACCCUCACAUCUUCAAGGCUCUCGCCAACUUCACGGUUGUGUACACGGAAUGGGCAAACCCCUUCAACUUUAAUCAUUACCACCCGCGCUACGACCCGCACACAUACACCAUACCGAUGGAACUCCGCGGCUCGAUGGUGCUCUACACCUUCCUGCUGGGCACGGCGGCACUCAAGGCAAAGUGGAGACUCGGCACGGCGGCGGUCCUCUCCCUCUACGCCCUGACCCUGGGCCGGUGGGACAUCGGCACCUUCGUGGGCGGGAUGGUGCUCUCCGAGGUCGACGUGCUCCGCUCCUCCGACCCCAGCGAGGUAGGGCCCGAGGACCGCGCCCUCCUGUACGCCCUGGGCGGCGGCAAGGGGGCCGCCAGGGGCGCCUGGCAGAAGAUGUCGCCGCUCAAGGCCAGGGCCCUCCGCUGGUCGCUGAUCUUCGUCGCGCUCUGGUUCCUCUCGUACCCGGACGCCGCCGCCGAGUACACGCCCGGGUUCAAAUGGCUCGCCUGGCUGGCGCCGCGCUACUACCACCCGAUAUCCAAGUGGAUGUUCUACCAGGCCGCCGGCGCGCUGCUGCUCAUCCCCUGCGUGCUCCGCAGCCCCACGCUGAGGAACCUGCUCGAGGGCUCGGUGGCGCAGUACCUGGGCAAGGUCAGCUUCUCCUUCUACCUGGUCCACGGGCCGGUCCUCCACUGCCUCGGGUUCUGGAUCAUGCCGCGGCUGUUCGAGCUGUUCGGCAGGCCGGUGGGGUACGUGAUGGGGUGGUUCAUGCUCCUGAGCGCGACGCUAAAGCUGGUUUCGUACUGGCAGGUGAUCGAUAACUGGAGCGUCACCGUGGGGAGGAGGGUGGAAGCGGUGUUGGUCCGGUCGUGA